CUCACUGUCCUAAAACCCCCCCUCCCUCCCUCCAUUGUUGCUCCCUCCCAUCCCUCCCUCCCCGUAUCAAAAACCCAACAAGUAACCAAUUUUUUUAAAAUAUGACGGGAAAAUAAUAGCAGAAUUCUCAGCUCAUCUCUGUUUCUUCUAAAGUUCCAAUCUUUUUUGUAACCAUAAAACAGAAGUUCAAUUUUUUUUUUCUUUUUAAUGCAAUCCACGUUAAACGCAGCCAUAAAUUAUCAUCAACUCAACUUUCAAUGGAAAUCUCAAAAACCCAUUUCAAGAAAAUUCAAAACCUCUCCAAAAAUCCUACCUUUAACCAAUUCCCUGAGAACUUCUAUUAAUUAUGAACCUGAAGAAGGCCUUGACAAGGUUCCGGGUCCAUCCGGGUCUGAACCCAAUUCAGUGCUGAGGUUGCCGGUUGUCAUUAGGCAGUCGGGUCGGGUUUCGAGGUAUAUAUAUGAAGGGAAUAGCUUGAAGUUAGUCAGUCUUGAUGGGGGUGCAGGGUCCUUUUCUUUGGAUUUUGAAGAUGCGUUUCGUAAAUUGGUUCGGGUUUCAGGUUUUGGUAUUAAGGAUUUUUUUAUACCUAAACAAGUACCUGAGAAUUAUAUGGGUUAUGUUAAGUGGAAGUUUUUGCAUAGAGUUUUUAGCUCUGCUUUGCAAGUUCUUGCAACUCAGGCAAUGUUUCGAGCUAUAGGCAUUGGGUAUUCUCGUUCACUCCCAUCGGCAGCAGCUCUUAACUGGGUGUUGAAGGAUGGACUUGGACGGCUAAGUAGAUGUAUUUACACUGCUAGCUUAGCAUCUGCAUUUGAUACUAAUUUGAAGAGAGUUAGGUUCACGACAUCGGUUCUGUUCAGUUUGAGCAUUGGAAUUGAGCUGCUGACUCCCACAUUUCCUCAGUAUUUCUUGCUUCUCGCGACUCUAGCCAACAUUGCCAAACAAAUAAGCCUUGCGUGCUACCUGGCAACUGGUUCUGCUGUUCAUAGAAGCUUUGCAAUAGCAGAUAAUAUUGGUGAAGUUUCUGCCAAAGCACAGAUACAAACGGUUAGCUUUGAUAACCUUGGUCUCAUGCUUGCUGCACUUCUGAAUAUGUUGUUCAAAAACAACCAAAGAUUGCUUGCAGGUUUACCUUUCUUUGUUUACCCCAUUUUCUCAGCUAUUGACCUUUUUGGAAUAUAUCAAGGACUCCAGCAUGUCCAUCUACAAACAUUAACUAAGGAUAGGCUUGAAAUCAUUCUAAAUUCAUGGAUUGAUUUCGGGCAUGUUCCUUCACCUGCAGAAGUGAGUAAAGAGGAAGGAAUUGAUUUUCUAUGGACCAAAAACAAAGAAUUGUGGCCCAUUAGAAUAAGGUGCUUAAAUACCAACAGUGAGAUACCAAAGUUGUCAAUGAUGGCAAUGCAGUCUUUAACUAGCGAGGAUUAUUAUUUUGUAUGCAUGGAGAGCUCUUGCAGAGAAUGGACAAGAAUUAAGCCACGAGGUAUCCUACUUUGCCUACGGGAGGGUUCUGGUACUGCAGAUGUUAUUAUGGGUUUGUUGCAGGCAUGCUACAUUCGGAAGGCCCUGCUUUUCAGCAGCAUGUGGGAGACGGCUGUGGAGGAUAAAGAUGUCUCGGACUUGGUUUUCAAGGAGUGGUUUAAAUUGAUCGAUGAUAGCAAGCAAUCUGCAAAAAGGGAUUUGUCCACUUUGAAUGAUCAAAUGGGAUCUCUGGGUUGGGCUCUAAAACACAUAUUACUCAGCACAGAAGAGCAGGCUAGAUACAGUUUUGUAGAUGAUUGAACGUGGAAGAUUGGGUGUACUCCUGUAAUAUUGUGGGUGGCUCUCUGAUACAUCAUCAAAGAGUUUUGGGGAUAAAAUUGUUUGAAAAGGGGGACAAGUUGUUUCUGUUGUCUCUCUGAGUUGCUUCUCAGGAGUAUCGAAUAUCUAUGUAUACAAACAUGCACGCCACACAAACAGGUGGAUGAUUGUAUACAGUAGGGUAGGGUGCCUGGGGCUUUUGGUAGCCUUCAAUAUUCUUUUGAGUAUUGAAUCUGCAAUAUAAAUUUAAUAUACCCGAUUCUGAUUCAA